GUGACAGCGAAGAAGGUACCAGUACAGUAGCGACUCCAGUCGUGGAUACUGGAAGUGGUUUGGGACGAUCAUUCGUUGAAGCCUGACGGUUGAUUGCGAAAAUUCCAACAAUUUCCUCGUUGUUGUUCUUGUUUCCUCCCUGUCUUUCUUUUUUCUUUCCUUCUCCAGGAAGCAUCGAGCGGCGCUGGCUGCUGUCUCUGUUUGUCUUGUCACUGUUCUUGAAGAAUCUUGGGAUUGACCAUGUCGAAAGGUAGCAUCACUUGGUUGACUGAACCGGCCUCAGUGUCGUCCGUCAAUGGGACUCUCCACACGUCAAUUUACCUUCGAACUGCAACACAUUCGAUCGCAGGAGCAAACUUCACGACACGAGCCUUGAAUGGAACCAUUCCAGGACCUACUCUGCGACUGCAUCCCGGGGACACUCUCAUCAUCGACUUCUACAAUGCAUUGCAACCCGGAACUGAUUCAGAAUACCGACACAAUGAAUACUCCGCCCCGGAUGAGAGCAAUCUGCAUUUUCACGGUCUGCAUGUAUCGGGGGAACUACCGUCGGACGACGUAACCAUGUCCGUGGCACCGGGGCAGCGCUAUCGAUACAUUACAAAACUUCCUAAAGACCACAUGCCUGGUAUUCACUUCCUACACCCUCAUCGACAUGGCUCGACGUCGUUACAGGUGGGUGGUGGUGCUGCAGGAGCCAUUAUCGUCGAGGACACUGCUGGCAUCAAGAACCUGCUACCAGAUCCCAUUUCAUCAGCCAGAGAGUUUGUUCUCGUCGUUCAAGAAAUGAACUUUAAAGAACUUGACAAAAUCAGUAGAAAGGCAGGAGACAUCACGGUAUCGCUUGUCAAGCCAGAGAUCAUCGACAUGAGUAGCAUCAACUUUGACAGGAAAUUCUACCUAACAAAUGGACAGGUGGAGCCUUCUUUGCUGGUGCAACCAAAUGAAUGGGUGCGGCUUCGCAUUAUUCAUGCUGGCUGGUUGGAGGGGGAUCUCAAGCUGCAAAUCCCGGGUUGUGAAAUGCUGCUGAUUGCCAAAGAUGGUGUCUAUCUCCCUCGAUUGCCAAGAAAGAUAAAGCAAGCAGAACUCGUAAACGCAGGACGUGCUGAUAUCAUGGUGCGAUGCCCCUUUGACAAAGGUGUAAAUUCAUACUCACUAGCAAGCAACAACCAGCGAUGCUUUCUCAGCAAAAACAGACGGCUAUCCAUCUUGAACCUUGUCCAGCACAGGGAUAACAUCACAGAUUCGGCGGUGGUUCCUCCUCGACCCGAAGUCCGUAGAAAACCAAAGAGGCAAAAACAAAAAGCACCUGAAAAUGAGUCGCAAGAAAACGAUUCCAACAUGUUGGACGAUUUGUCGAUGGAUUCACUUGUGUCUGGAUCCGUCUCAAUGCAGUUUCCCGAAUACCUUCAAGAUCUUCGUUCUGCAUUGGUAACGCCAGGGUGUUCCUGUACAACGAGAAUCCGCAUGCUCCGCUACCCCAGAAAGGAGGGUGAAUACUUCCAUGAAACUGUGCAAGGAGCCGUCGUGGAGAGGCACAUUCAGACGGGUAUUCAUCCUUUUCACCAGCAUGUCCAUCCAUUCCAGCUGAUCGACGGUGUUUCGUCAAAGAAAGACUCUGCGGAAUACUACAAAGUAGGCGACUGGCAUGAUACUAUUUCCGGGAAGGUCACAGUUCGCUUCAGGCCAACGGUUUUCACGGGGAAAAUGAUGGUGCAUUGUCACAUCCUUGUUCACGAAGAUACCGGGAUGAUGGGAGUUGAAUACAUUCACAAUGCAACGGAUGCAGCAACAUGCAAGUGUAACGAAUUCUUCCCCAAGUUCAAUGCCGCUGCACUUGGAGUGGUUGCGCUGCCCGCAAUCUUGUGGCUGCAAUGGCGGAGAAAGGCUAGGUCCAGAUGGAUGAGUUGUACGACGCGAGAAAGGCGGGAACCGGUUGCGAUAGAGUUUGCAUUGAACUGAGCAAGACACUGACCACAAAUCAGUGCACACAGCAGCGUGGGAAAGACAAUUUUUCGAGCGCUUCGUGCUUUCCCAGCGCGAUUGAUUGGGGCAUGACCACUAGGGGUCCCCUGGGUUUUCAGUAUGACCACGCUUUGAGAUUUGAAGCACUCUGGUGCAACAAUCUGCUUGUUAUGGGAUCUGGUGUCAGCGUUUCUUUGAGAUUUGAAGCACUCUGUUGCAACAAUCUGCUUGUUAGGGGAUCUGGUGUCGUCGUCCCUUUGUGGCUUUGACUCGACUCGUCACUCGAAAGAAGCACAAGAAGCCUGAGCAUUAUCUAAGCCGAGACUCCAACUUCCUCCUCCAGAUAAGCAGGCCCCACUGGAAUCAGGCAUUCUCGUCCCAUGUCAACCUGACAGGUGAGGAUGAUGUUGCAUUGAGUGUCCAGGACGAAUUCUUCGGCAGCGUCCAACGAUCAGAGUGGUUUUGAGAAAAAGAAGACUAAACUCAUGCUAACGCGGCAUCAAGGUCAAAAUGCUUUUAGACUAGCUAGAAGAAAAGUGGGAGGUACUGCAACAUGUGCCCUAUCUGAAUGUCUGCUUUCUGCCUACAGCGUGUCCUAGUGAUCGUCUUGGGCCCGUCAUCCAAGUCGUCAUGGCAUCUUCAUCGCCUGUCUGAACCUUCACCACCCGCACUUCAGCUGACUGGUUGAUUCCUUGGCGAAUUUUGCUACAUCGUUACAAUUCUACAACGUCAAACCUCCAUUUCAAGGAUACACCAUUAUUCGUCUCCAACGUGCUUGUUUCGUAGUUUUGUGUAUGAAACCAAAGUGUCGACGGCAGAGUCCAACCAUAGUCAGUUGCAGAGUCCACGUUGGCGACUGCACGUAUGCUCAGUCGGAGUUCCAUGUCGCCAUUAAGGAGAGAAUGGCCAAAACAACCAGCUUGCGGGUUACACCAAUUGUCAAAGUCUCCCAAGGGGUACCAAGCUCCUCGAGCCAUCUCUUGAUAUCCAAAGCCGGUCCAUGGGUAGUAGAUCAGACCUCUCCACCUGAUUUCGGGCCUUACAUGCUCGACUCCAUACGAAUGCACACUAUCCGAAAGGAACACAUGCACAUUUCUCAAAGUCAUGUGACUCGACGCAUAAAGGGGCUCUGGUGCCGGCACAGGUGCUGAAGUCGUUGCAAAGAGAGGACGUGGUGCUGGCCAAGGUGUUGACCACCAAACUCCAGGAGACAAUGGUAUUGGUUGUGGUGUGACAGGGAGCGAAACCGCUGGAACCAGCGUAGUGGGAACAGGCGAUGGAGCGUUAGUGGCCGGCGCCAACGUCGUUGGUUGAGGCGUUCUUGGAGCAUCAGAUGGUUGAGGAGUUCUUGGAACAUCAGUCGGUUGUGGAGUUCUUGGGGCAUUAGUCGGUUGCGGAGUUCUUGGGGCGUCAGUUGGUACUGGGGAGGGGUCCGCUAUAGGUGUUUGUGCCGCGUUGAGUUCUUGUGUCUGGCUUUGUGAUGGAAGAGUAGGGUUACUGGUAAUAAAACUUGCAGAGAGCGACGUAGGAUUGGGGCUGGACAGAGCAGAUGGUGUAGGCGCUAUCACCAAAGUCUUGUUACUUGCCCCGGUUGCAUCCGUUUGGUCAGUUAUGUUGUUGGAUGCAUUUGUUGAGUUUUGAGAGUCCAGCACUGUUGGUUCCAGCGUACUAUCUUGGCUUGGACCCGCUGCUAGCGUCAGACCUGGAGUCUGUUUCCCUCCGUCAGGCCCAGGUGUGGGACCUGGAGUUAGCCUCUGCAUCGUUAGCUGUUCCAUGUCAUUGGUUGCUGAUGCUGCAACAGGGUCGUCUUUGGGUGCCAGCCCCAAAGCCUGUCGGACUUCAUCGUAACCAACUACAGCAACGACAAUGAUAGCAAUGAUCAACAACAGGAAAAUCAAGCAGAUACACAAGAGACAGAAGGGUGGAUUCCCACUUUUCUUCUUUUUCUUCUUGGGACGGUUGCCCUUGGCCACUCCAAACUCGAUGGAAUCACUGGCUGGUUCAUUCUUCGAUACGAAUGGUUCAUCCUCAAAAGUCUCUUCGUUCUCGUCCUCCUCUUCUUUUUUCUCGUCCUCCUCAUCUCCGUCCCGAUUGUAAUAACUGUUCCAAACAUAGUGAUAGUAGUCAUCACCACCGGUAUUCUGCUCCAAAUCUCUUGGUGGCAGUUGUCGUUGUUGUCGUUGUAGUUGUGGACUUUCGAGUUGCGGAGGAUCCGGCUGUUGUUGCUGUGGGCUGGCUGGUAUUGUACCGGUAGCACAAAAUUGUG